AUGGGAAUUUCAGAUCCAAAAACUGUGAAGGAAGUUUUUGAGCUUCUUCAACGAGAUCGGCAAUCUACCGAUGAGAGAUUUGUUUCCUUAGAAGAACAAUCUAAAACCACCUUAGAGCAAUCUCGACAGUUUCAUACUGAAACUUCAGCUGACAUCAAAGCUCUUUCAGCUCGUAUUGAAAAAUUACUCCGAUCUGCUUCUCCACCAAAGAAAUCUUCUAUUCAUGACUCCGGUGGAUCUUCUGGUCAUCAGUAUCAAAAGGGUAAGGCCGAUAAAUGGUUUUUGAAUUUUCAAGUUGGGAAGCAUCGUAUUACAUGGUAUGAACUAGAUCGUGGUAUUUGUUCUCGUUUUGAAAACCCUGUGGAAGAAAAUUUUGUUGGUGCAUUUAAUAAGUUAGUUCAAAUCAAUUCAGUUGAGGAAUAUUUUGAUCAAUUCGAAGCUCUCAAAGCUUUAAUGUUGGCUAAUGACCCUUCCAUUGAUGAACGUUAUUUCAUUAUGAGUUUUAUUAGUGGCCUUAAGGAGGAAAUUAGAAAUUCAGUCCACAUGUUUUACCCUGCAACUCUAGCUCAAGCUUCCAGUCUUGCUAGAAUGGAGGAACAAAAAUUUCUAUUAUCUCAAUCUAGAGUUCUCAAACCAACCUAUUCUUCAUUCUCCACCUCUAGAUCCUUUUAUAACUCCAAUUUUCCUCCUAAAACACUUACAACAUCUUCUAGUUAUACAAAAACUCCACCCACCACCCCAAAGCCAUUUUCACCAACAUCAGCAAAGCCAACUUCUCCUUCACCUAUUAUUAGGCGCCUUAUUCAAGAAAAAAUGCGCCUUCGGCAUGAUAAGGGUCUUUUCUACAAUUGUGAUGAGGUAUAUUCCAUGGGUCAUGUGUGCAAAGGGCGCCAAAAACUUUUUAUGGUUCAGGUAGAGACUCAUUCUACCUCAGAUGCUGACACAGAGGAGGAUAUUUUUGAGGAAGCUGCUGAAUCUCCAGAUGAGCCAGAAAUCGAGGUCUCUUUAAAUGCACUUACAGGGUCUCUCACUGGUGAUACUAUAAGGGUGCCUGGUUUUCUUAAUAACCACCCUAUAUCUGUACUUAUUGAUACUGGUAGCACCACCAGUUUUAUUGAUACUGCAUUAGCUCAGAUACUUGCCUGCCAUAUUGAGCCUACUGCUCAACUGUUAGUUAAUGUUGCAAAUGGUGAAAAGACAGUUGGCUCUGGCAUGUGCUCUAAUCUCUCUUGGACAAUGCAAGGCCAUCAGUUUACUGAAGAUUUUUUCUUACUUCCGCUUGGAGGCUGUGAUAUGAUUUUAGGAGUUGAUUGGCUGCGCAAACUUGGUGAUGUAGUUUUCAACCUCUCUACAUUAACUGUCGAUCUCUCUUAUAAGGGUCACAACAUCCUUUUACAAGGUCCACAUCCCUACACUUCCUUAUUCCAAAUGAGUAGUGCAGCUGUUAGCAAGUUUUUAUGCAAUACCACUCAUGGCCUUAUAGGCCAUUUUUUCUCAGUCAACACCACUGCCAUACCACCACCUAUACCCCCACCUAUUUCACCACUUCUUGAGGAGUUCAAAUACCUUUUGCUGAACCAACUCAACUCCCUCCUCAUAGAUCAUUAG